CGGGCGAGAGUCUCAGCCAUGGGCUCUGGCAGUUAGACGCAGACGGAGGAGCUCUUGCUGCAGACUGAGCCACAGAGAGGAGGAGGAGGUGGAUGAGGAGGAGGAGGAGGCGCUUUGGGGAGCCGAUGCAGCCUCUGGUACUAUGGAAACUAACCCUCUGACCGAUGGAAAUAAUAACCGCGAACAUGUGUCAGGUUCCUGAAGGACAUGAGCGCCUUGUUGGCGGCCGGCGCUGUUGUGAUCUGGCUGCGGUGCUGGUGAAGGGGACAUGGGCCGCCGUCUCAACUCAUGCCACAACACGCUCCACAGCGCCACUGAAACGGACGAGGGUUCGGUCUUCACGCCAGGGCGACGUCAACAGGCCGCCAUCGGGUUCCAGGCUCUUGGUAGACGCUCCAAGUAGCCGUGUCUGAUGAGGAUGUCUGAUACUGUCAGUGAGACUAUGAGAGCUCUGGACGAGAACACCUCGAGCGCAGCCGACCACGAACUCAACACGUCACAGAGCCGGCCGCAAAACCAACACCACCAUGAAAACUGCAGCGACGACAGAGCUGAGACGCAGCGGCAAAUACCCGGACAAGGCACUAAAAGACCCAAGUCUAAUGCAAAGUUAAAGUUAGUUCGGAGCCUGGCCAUUUGUGAAGAACCUUCUCCUUCCACAAUUACCACACAGCUUCCUCAAGACCACCAGGAUGGAGAUCAUGUUAAACUCUCCCAGACGUUUGACAAAGAAGAAUCACCUCUCACUGCCAACGAGGAUGAUAAAGACAAAAGUGCCAACAAGCUUGAGAAACUGGAGAAAAUGCCACACAAGAUGCUGUCCAGAGAUUCCAGUCAGGAAUACACGGACUCCACUGGCAUCGACCUGCACGAGUUCUUGGUGAACACACUGAAGAACAACCCCAGGGACCGAAUGAUGCUGCUGAAGCUGGAACAGGACAUCCUCGACUUCAUCAGUAAUAAUGAGAGUCAGAGGAGAAAGUUUCCGCCCAUGACCUCCUAUCAUCGAAUGCUCCUGCACCGAGUCGCUGCUUACUUCGGCUUAGACCACAACGUCGACCAAACCGGGAAAUGUGUCAUUAUCAACAAAACCAGCAAUACACGAAUACCAGAUCAGAAGUUUUCCGAACACAUCAAAGACGACAAAACGGAUGAUUUCCAGAAGCGCUACAUCUUAAAACGGGACAACUCCAGCGUAGACAAAGAUGACAACAUGAUGCGUAUGAAACUAAAAGACGACAGAAGAAGCAAGUCAAUUGAGGAGCGUGAGGAGGAAUAUCAGAAAGCACGAGAAAGGAUCUUCGCUGAUGGUUUAGACACCUUCCCGCUGGAUCAAAGGAUUCAGGAGGACGAGAUGUGUAACAACAUACAGCAGAGACGGCAGAUCUUCAGGCUGAAAGACGCCCGGUCGGCAAACAGCCGCCAAAGCAGCUCUGAGAACGAGGCCAAAUAUUCAGAGCCGCGUCCGUGGAGCAGCACGGAUUCGGACAGCUCCAACCGCAACCUGAAGCCUGCCAUGACCAAAGCCAGCAGCUUCAGCGGUAUCCCGGUUCUGAUCCGCGGCGACAGCUCCAGCAGCAGUAAGAGUGUGGGCCGGCUCUCAAAGACAGGUUCUGACUCUUGUAGUAGCGUAGGUUCGUCCACGGGUUCGCUCUCUCGAUCCCAGCCUCCCUCUGCCGCCGCGGCUCUAUCGCAGUCGAUGGCCUACCCUGCUGUCAGCGCUAGCAGCGGCUUUUCCUAUGAGCCGCCAGCGUCUACGGCUAGCCCUAGCUACUAUUUGCUUCCUCUGGAAGCUGCGGGGAUACCGGCCGGAAGUGUCCUGGUCAAUCCGCAUACAGGUCAGCCUUUCCUGAACCCUGACAGCAGUGCUGUAGUCUACAACCCCAGUGUGACCUCACAGGCCUCCAGAUGUCAAUCAUCUGUAGCUCCGCCUCCAGCCGCUCACCAGCAGCACCAGCCCACCAAUCACGUCAUGUCACAGCCUCUCUGGUCUGUCCAGCCGUCCGCUCUGCCCGUCCAGCACUCCACGGUGUCUUACCCACCGAUCCUCACAAUGUCUCCUAACCAGCAGCUCACUGUGCAGGAUAAUCUGAGCGCCCAGUUCAGUCACAUGAUGAUGGUCCGGCAGGCCUCAGCAGACACCCGUGACACUCACACAGCCGUUUACCCGUCGCCUGUGUCACUCCAGGCCCCUGCGCCUCACCCGCCGCAUCAGGCCGGAUACAUGAUGCCCUCGCCAGGACAGAAUAUGCCUGCACCUUCAUUCCCUGCGCCGCACACGGCCACCAUCAACCAGCAGCAGCAGCAGCAGAGCUUCAUCCAGCAGCAGAUGCCGCCGUGUUACUGUUCACCCAGCCAGUACCCCAUGUCUGGACAGCCGUACCGGCCCAUGGGCUCAGUGCCGUACAGCGGCCCUCAGAGUCAGAUGCCCCCUGCACCUGCGCAGCCGACAGGUUACCAAACUGUGAUGCCAAAUCAGCAGCAGAACUACCAGAACGUCAUCCAGCCGCCACAGAAUCAGACGCUGGUCAGCAGCCAACACAGCAAUAUGGGAAGUCAGAUGCAAGGCAUGAUGGUCCAGUAUCUGUCAAUGCCAUCUUAUCAGGUGUCUGUGCCUCAAGGAGCCCCGGCUGUGCCGCAGCAGACGUAUCAGCAGCCCGUCGUCAGCCAUGCGCCCGUGCCUGCGUCCAGCAUUCAGGUCUACUACAGCAUCGUACCUCCUCACCAACAGAACGCCGUCAGCUCCUCCAUGGGGUUCUUGCCUCCUCCAGGAGCAGAGCAGAUGCCGUUCCACCGCACCUCGCCUCCCUGCAGCUCGCAACAGAUUCCCGCCCAGCAGUGCUCAGGUGCUCCGCCCCCAUCAGGUGGUAUGGUGAUGAUGCACCUGGCGUUACCUGCGUCGCAGCAGCUUCAGUCGCAUUCACCCCCGCAGUGGAAACACAACAAAUACUACAGCUCUGAGCACACGCGCACACAGAAGCCCAGCGAGAUCUGCUGUCUGGACACGUCACGAAGCAGUCCACAGAUCGGCAGCCCGUCCAUCUCGCCGGCCCAAUCGCCCACACCUGCACACCUCACUACUGUAAAGAACAUCCGUCCCAGCCUCAACACUGUUCCCAUCAUGCCUCACUUCUCUAGAUCCUUCGUUUCAGGACAAGGUGACGUUCGCUAUCCUCUGCUGGGCCAGACGCUCCAGUACAGCCCUCAGAUUCGCCCUCCCUUACUUCAGGCUCCGCCCAUGGUGUCCAGUCAGGCUCCUGUAGGGAUUCGACACGCUGGUCGAGGCAGGAAGCCACACAGGAAAGUGGUUUCUACAGAUCUCAGUUGAUCGUCCGUGUGCCGCGGGCAUCAGUCGUACGGAGGCCUGUGCAGGACAGGAGCUUCAGGAUUUCUCUCGCCAAAUCUCCCUCCUCCAGCGCUGACCCCGCGGCCUCCUAAACAGUCCUGCUCGCACACGCCGCACAGGACCUACAGCUCUCCCGCUUCAGACUCCCAAUGACGCCGUCACCCUUCCACAUGAGGGCGCUCUGACUGACUGACAAACAGCCGGCGGGAGUUUGAGCUCUAGCCAUUUGAAAAAGAAAACAAUCCGAACUGAAAGUGUUCUGCUCUCUCAUUGGACAGUUGACUGGAACAUAUCAAAAUGCAGCCGGAACUGUGUUGUUCUUUAUUUUUUUAUCUGCAUUUAUUGGUUUGUUUGUUUUUUAUUUGAAUAUUCUAGUAUUAAAACACGUCAGAUGGACUUUUUUGGUUUGAUUUUUAGUCGUUCACAUUUGUAUUUCUUCACCAGCCAUCGGCUCUCAGUGUGACGCGUUCACACGGGGGUGUCGUGGUGUGCCUUCAGUCAGACGAACAAAGACGAACGAGCCUCGCCGUCUCAUGUCAAACACCCUGCUUUUGUGUAAAUAAUUUAUGAAGUAGCUGUAUAAUUCAGUUUCCUCUGAAUUGUGGGAAUAGACGCCAGUAAGAGCGACAGCAUUUUUUUUGUUAUUGUUUAUUUCCCUUUGUUUUUUAAUUUAAGACAUUUAAAACCAAUCAUACGGCAUCUCAGCAGAUCACAUUUUUAAUAAGUUGAACGGUUGUGUUUCUUGUUUUCACACGCGUCAUGUCAAUUCUGGGUCUUUUAAUAUAUUCUUACCGGGGAAAAAUAAAAAGAGAAAAACGACAAAAAGUUGCACAUUUAUACAAACUCAGUAUAUAUACAGAAAAAUCUAUUUUUUUCUUAUGAAAAUACGUGUGGAAGUCUGAAAGGCUGUUUAAUGUUUACUGGUGCAAGUCCAUUUUUAUUUCAGUUUUGAGAACCAAUAAAUGUUUACACCAAAUGAUCUACUUUAUCAAA